CAAGCCAAGUCCAGGUUUGAUAGUAGAAAUGCGGGGCCUGCGAUGCUACAAUUCCUCAAUAAAGCGGGAGCAAAUGUUCAUGCUGAUGAAGAUGAACACGGUACGGAGGUGAGAGAGGUGGGGGCUGCUCUGCCACCGGCCCCCGACUCGCCCCUUUUUGGUCCCGAGCCCCCAGAGGCCCGGUCUUGGAGCCGCACGCUCGCGCCACAUGGGUUACCGGCAGAUAUUUUGCAAGUUGAUCUCUUUGCGACAGGACCUGCGGGCCCCGGGCCAGCAAAGAUGCGCGGGCAUGGCGCGGAGGAAGAAGAUGAAGAGGAGAUGGACAGUUACUCUGUCUACGAAUUCGACGUUUCGCGCGUGGCCAGCGUCCAAAUUGAGCUUGAGGACGGCCGCCUCGAUCGCUGGUUUCCUUGCACAGUGCCCGCCACAGGAGAUGUGCUCUGGGGUACCUUCAUUCACGUGGCCAUCUGGUUGGGCCCGGGCGGGGGAGGCCCAUCGCGUGUAAGCGAGCAGGUGGGCGAGGGAGAGGGCGGAGAGGAAGGGCGACAGAGCCGGCAAAUCAGUGUGGAAGACGAAGAGGACAGGGAGAAGGAGGGCCUGAAGGCAAAGGGUGGGAGUGGAUGGGGACACGGGGGGCAUCUCGCCGCCGGAGCCUCUCCCGGAGGCCCUCGGGACGGAGCAGAAGAAGGGCCUCUGCCCUGCCCGAGGCUUCCGCCUCCCACAUCGCCGCCUCGCCCACUCCGAGACCAAUUCGGCUUUCCCGUUGCUCCCCACGCCCAGUCCGAGUUUCUGCAUUUGCGCAGCUUGGAGGAGCUGCGGUCGCAGGAGCAACGCCGCCACUGGGAAAGGCUUCGGUGUUUCCAGCCUUCUCAGCGCAGGCGCCGGCCCAGUGCUGGGAAAGACCAAGAUAAGGGAGGCUCGACGCCGCCUCCUGUCGAAAUUUCUAGGUGGUCCUCCUCCUUCUCCUCCUCCUCCUCCUCCUUCUCCUCCUCCUCCUAUUUGUGGUGUCCCUCGAGAAGUGCUUGUAAACCCCUU